AUUCCAAAAGAAAGGCACCUCCAUUUCUUAAAAAGUCACUGGACUCUGGAGCAGGGUUUCACUAUUAUCGCGCGCAGCCAUGGACGAAUUCGAAAUUCUCUGCGAAGCAGCGAAGAACGGCGACGUAGACAAAGUUAAAUCUCUCAUAAACUCAGGAAUCGACGUUACUUACUUCGACAGCAAUGGCCUCACUCCUCUCAUGCACGCCGCCAAGCACGGCCACGCCGCUAUCGUCAAGGACCUCCUCGAAGCUGGCGCACCGUGGAACGCACUCUCUCCUUCCAAUAUCUCCGCGGGAGACUUCGCCAUGGAAGCUGGCCACCAAGACGCCUUCGAAACUCUCCUCAACGCUGGGAUUCAGUCUGAGUUAAUAUUAGGAACAAUUGCCAGGAAAGAGAAGUCAAAUUCUGGUUGUGGUGAGAAUUACUUGGAAGAUAGGGUUAGUUUUAGUGAAGACAAGAUAAUGGACUCGGAUAGCAAGGCGAUAAUGAUGGCUUGGGAGAAGCCAUUGAUGGAAGCACACGCAAAGGCGGUUUGCUCAGGUGGUGGUCAUAUACUGAACAUUGGCUUUGGAAUGGGGCUUGUGGAUACAGCUAUUCAACAAUAUAAUCCGGCUAUGCAUACAAUUGUUGAGGCGCAUCCGGAGGUUUAUGAACGGAUGAUUCGAAAUGGUUGGGGUGAGAAGGAUAAUGUGAAGAUAGUAUUUGGGCGGUGGCAAGAUGUUCUUUCUCAACUUGAAACUUAUGAUGGUAUUUUCUUUGACACUUAUGGAGAAUAUUAUGAAGAUCUGAGGGAGUUUCACCAACACUUACCUGCGCUAUUGAAGCCUGGAGGAAUCUACUCUUUUUUCAAUGGACUUUGUGGAGGCAACGCAUUCUUCCAUGUUGUUUACUGUAAUUUAGUCUCGCUAGAACUCGAGCACUUGGGCUACUCUACACAGUUAAUUCCCUUGCCUGUUAAGGAUUGUUUGGGAGAAGAAGUUUGGCAAGGUGUGAGACACAAGUAUUGGCAGCUUGAUACAUACUAUCUCCCUGUUUCUCAGUCUAUCGAGGAUUCAUGAUGUAACCUUUUCUCCAUUUUUUAGAAAUCUAUAAAUUAUACUUGACAGUUCAGUUUUGUAACAAUUUUAUUCAUUGAUGCAAUUGAGGAGUAUCCUUCUAA